AUGUCCGCAGGCUGGAGCUGGGCCCGUGCUGCAGCGCUCAGAGCCCGAGCCCCGGGGGGCACGGGAGGGGGCGGACUCCAGUGGGGGCCCCGAUCCUGCAGCCAGGCCCCAGGGGGCACGGACAGGGGGCGGACUCCAGUGGGGGCCCCGAUCCUGCAGCCAGCCCCCGGGGGGCACGGACAGGGGGCGGACUCCAGUGGGGGCCCCGAUCCUGCAGCCAGGCCCCGGGGGGCACGGACAGGGGGCGGACUCCAGUGGGGGCCCCGAUCCUGCAGCCAGGCCCCAGGGGGCACGGACAGGGGGCGGACUCCAGUGGGGGCCCCGAUCCUGCAGCCAGCCCCCGGGGGGCACGGACAGGGGGCGGACUCCAGUGGAGGCCCCGAUCCUGCAGCCAGGCCCCAGGGGGCACGGACAGGGGGCGGACUCCAGUGGGGGCCCCGAUCCUGCAGCCAGGCCCCAGGGGGCACGGACAGGGGGCGGACUCCAGUGGGGGCCCCGAUCCUGCAGCCAGCCCCCGGGGGGCACGGACAGGGGGCGGACUCCAGUGGGGGCCCCGAUCCUGCAGCCAGCCCCCGGGGGGCACGGACAGGGGGCGGACUCCAGUGGGGGCCCCGAUCCUGCAGCCAGCCCCCGGGGGGCACGGACAGGGGGCGGACUCCAGUGGGGGCCCCGAUCCUGCAGCCAGGCCCCAGGGGGCACGGACAGGGGGCGGACUCCAGUGGGGCCCCGAUCCUGCAGCCAGCCCCCGGGGGGCACGGACAGGGGGCGGACUCCAGUGGGGGCCCCGAUCCUGCAGCCAGCCCCCGGGGGGGCACGGACAGGGGGCGGACUCCAGUGGGGGCCCCGAUCCUGCAGCCAGCCCCCGGGGGGCACGGACAGGGGGCGGACUCCAGUGGGGGCCCCGAUCCUGCAGCCAGCCCCCGGGGGGCACGGACAGGGGGCGGACUCCAGUGGGGGCCCCGAUCCUGCAGCCAGCCCCCGGGGGGCACGGACAGGGGGCGGACUCCAGUGGGGGCCCCGAUCCUGCAGCCAGCCCCCGGGGGGCACGGACAGGGGGCGGACUCCAGUGGGGGCCCCGAUCCUGCAGCCAGGCCCCAGGGGGCACGGACAGGGGGCGGACUCCAGUGGGGGCCCCGAUCCUGCAGCCAGCCCCGGGGGGCACGGACAGGGGGCGGACUCCAGUGGGGGCCCCGACCCUGCAGCCAGCCCCCGGGGGGCACGGACAGGGGGCGGACUCCAGUGGGGGCCCCGAUCCUGCAGCCAGCCCCCGGGGGGCACGGACAGGGGGCGGACUCCAGUGGGGGCCCCGAUCCUGCAGCCAGCCCCCGGGGGGCACGGACAGGGGGCGGACUCCAGUGGGGGCCCCGAUCCUGCAGCCAGGCCCCAGGGGGCACGGACAGGGGGCGGACUCCAGUGGGGGCCCCGAUCCUGCAGCCAGGCCCCAGGGGGCACGGACAGGGGGCGGACUCCAGUGGGGGCCCCGAUCCUGCAGCCAGCCCCCGGGGGGCACGGGAGGGAGCGGACUCCAGUGGGGGCCCCGAUCCUGCAGCCAGCCCCCGGGGGGCACGGGAGGGGUUGCGUGUGCUAACGCUUUUCCGAUAG